UUUAGAUUCUCCGACGCCCCUGAUCAGUGCAUGCUUACUAUCAAAAACAUUUAACUUUUUUCUUGCAAUGUAGUACAAUAUAGAUGUUCAAUCAAUUUGUUUUUUUUUCAUCGGAGCUUUUGCCGGUGAUAUGAUUUUAAUUACAUAUUCUGUUAGAAUUUGUAAAUUCGAUUGGUUUAUUCAGUUUAUCACAUGAUGUCUCUUGCCUUUUUAAUAUCAUGCAUGCAUAUAUUGUUCCGUGGUACAUGCAUAUCACGCAUCUUUCUUACAGGUGUGACUUUACACUUUCUAUUCAUGAACUACACAUAUAUAUAGCUGCGAAAGGCUCCCUAUAUAUGACAGAAUUGAAAUUUUCUACAUUUGUCUCAAAGAUGAUGGCCUAUACCUGGUGGCUUACGACAUAACUGCAAAGCCGUUCUGAACUUCUGGAUGGUCCCACGAUGCUUGGGUCAAGUAACAUGUUGCUGUUGUAUGCUAUCGUAGGCCUGUUGUUACUUCAACUAUCGAUGCCAAUGGCUACAGAAUAUUUGGAGAAGUUUUUCAAAAAAUCUGAAUCAGUUCCACUUUUAACCUCCACCCAUAUCAUUUCGAAUCACAGUGCUCGUGCAGAUAUCAACUGUGCAUUUGAUUGUCUCGCACAGUCAACAUGCGUUGGGUUUAAAUACAAGUAUGGCUUAACAAGUGGAUCAAUAAACUGCCAACUCAGCAUCACAAUAUACACUGGCAAAGACCAAUUGAAAAGUCUUGAUGAGCAAGGCUGGGUGUUUUUUAAAGAUACACAAAUUACUUUGUUGCAUAUACAAGUUGCAAGCAGUGGUUACAUUGAUCCUGGAGGAUUUUUUGCCCAUAUCAGAGUUAACGGGAAAGAUUACGCAAUAAACAAACGUGGAUUUAACAUCGUGGUUAUUGAUAUCAGAACAGGCGAUGUCGAAAAUAGCACCUCUUUUGACACCCAUCAUAGCCACAAUGAGACAUCCGGAAUGGUCCAGUUUCUAAAUACUGUUUUAUCUCAAACGAAGAAAUUGAUUCUGGCAGCCAUAAAUGAUGAAGGUUCAGGGGUAAUGACACAAGAUGCAUACGACGCACUCUCUGAGGCCGCAGGAGAAAACGUUGCCACAUUAGGUUUUCGAAGUUCAUUUGCCAUGAUUGGUUUUUCAGACAAACCAAAACCUUAUUUUGUGAGACAGAUUCGAAGUGUUGCAGGAAAAGGACCAAGUGUCUUACAGGAAACAAUUGAAAUAAAACUUUAACUGCUAGUAUUGUAGUACUGGUAGCUUGACGACCUAGUAAUUGUAAGUCUCUGAAUACUGGCUUAUGCGUUUGCGAUUGCUUUUUUUCAAAUUCAACAUUAAUGCGAAACAACUGAUGAUGCUAUACUGUAUAUAUUCGACUCAGCACGUUUUGAUAUUUGAAACAAUUUAUAUCACAUUUGCAAUUCCCCUUUUUAUGUCAUUUCCGGAAACUUUACCGAUUUAAAAAUCCAUGAAAAUGAAGUUUAAACAUAAAAAAUAUUACAAUAAUAAUACAUUACAAAUAUACAUUACAAAUAUUACCUAUAUAUGACUCAAAUAUUAUAAAUGUGGACAAUCACUAACCUUGAUACACACACUUUAAAUAUAGCAGUAUAGCGAUCGAAAAAAUUUGAUCGCUCAGCAUGUUGCACUAUAUGUAAAUCCCCCAUUAGCAAUUUGUACAUAUAUGGUAAAAACCUCAUUGCAAUACUUUCCCCACGCAGUUCAUGCACAGUUUGAUAUACGUAUCUCAUGAUCCUCAUAUCUCUAUAAAUAACAAUACAAGUAUACUGCACGGUUUCACCACAUAACAUAGAGUGUUUAUCCCCGAUCGUAAUUUAUGGCGUAGGGAUUUUGGAAUUCUCGUAAAGAAUCAUAUUAACUAAUA